AAUUUUCCAAAAUGUUUUUAGGUCCGCUCAUCGGGCAGGGGCACUUGAUUUUCAUGGCUUUGUUAUUGUUUCUUGUUUGCAUCCCAACAAUAGAUGCCACGUAACGUAUCUGUAGCGUCCUGCUCAUGCUUUAGCUUUGUUCGUUGUAUCCUGAAAACACGACACGACACGUCGAUGAAGGUCAAGAAGCGGCGAAAGAUAGCACAAUCGCCUGGGAGCGGUCUGUAUGGGAGCGGCACCGAGCCGGAACACACACCUGCAGAUCUGGCUACCAACUUUGUCAAGGACCAGAUUUUUGAAAAAGAUGACUUUGAAAUCGGGAAGCACCUCGGACGGGGGAAAUUCGGGUCCAUCUACGUCGCGCGCGAAAGGAAAUCGAAGUACUAAAAUCAGUAGGUUUCUUAGGGACCGACCCCCUUUUACCACUACUGAACACCGCAUUUGUAAUUCUUCGGAGGAGUGAUCUUUAUUCGCGGACACAGCGCUGCACCGAGCAUCGAGGUGCGUGCUGGAUGAAAGAACAGCCAACUCCUGCGUCUUCUGCAGACGAUGGAAUAUUAGAUAGAAAGAUAAAUGGAUACUCGUUAUCUGUUCUCAUACUCGUUCUCAACUUCAGGUACAUAUGCGCGUUGAAGGUUCUUCAAAAAAAGCAGCUGAUCAAGCACUGUGUGGAGAAGCAACUGCAGCGCGAAAUCGAAAUCCAGUCUCACCUCCGACACCCAAAUAUACUGCGCUUGUAUGAAAGGAUAUUUUUGCUUUCUUGUUGCAGCUAUUUGCUCUUGCUCGCAACGCCUCUGCAAAUCCUUGUCUCACUACUUUGCUUGUUGCUACGUAACAUCCUCAUCUCUUGACCGCCGUUUGCAACUUAAAAUUCUACUUUCACUGAUCAAUGCAAAACCCAUAUCGAGGUACAACUGGUUUCACGACACCAAUCGAAUAUACCUCAUACUCGAGCUCGCCCCAGGAGGCGAGCUUUUUGAGUUGUUGCAGAAGCGUGGCCGGUUUUCCGAAGCCCGUGCCGCCUGGUAUCUGUCCCAGAUGGUGCACGCCAUACACUACGUUCACUGCAAGAACAUCAUCCAUCGCGACAUAAAACCCGAGAACAUUCUUCUGGGCCUGCGAGACACUUUGAAAAUGAGCGACUUUGGUUGGUCGGUGCAUCUCGGAGGCCCGCAGCAAAAGCGAACCACCUUCUGCGGGACGCUCGACUACCUUCCACCAGAGAUGGUACUUACUACGUGGACCACUGUGGCUGUUUUACGUGCACAGCAGAAAUCACCCUCACGUGCUGAUUUUUUUACCCGUGCACGACGUGCACGUCGACUCCUAGCCCCUACUGAUUCUGAAACUAAUGUAGUGAGUUGCAGUUGUCUUGUGCAACCUAUAUUAAAUAGUUAUAAUUCUUGAACCAGGUAAAUGAGACUACCUACGGAAAGGACGUGGACACGUGGGCCCUGGGGAUCUUGCUGUACGAGUUCAUCAAUGGGAAAGCGCCCUUCGAGAGCCGCGACGCGCAGGAAACGUACCGAAAAAUCAAGUACCGAGUCCCCGAGUUCCUGGACGACGUCAGCCGUGACGCGCGCGAUCUCAUCCUUGCUAUGCUGGAGAAGGAUCCCAAGAAGAGGUAAUGUAGUUGUACCUCUACGUAUUCAAUUCGAAACUGACUCGAAGAAAAAAGAAAAACAACGCACGGGCAAGUCGGGGUCGAUCAGUUCUGUGGUGCUCAUGCAAAAGCAAUUUUCUGAGUGCUGCCAUUGUGUCUUACUGCCGCAUUGAGUUUGUUCCCGUCGUACAUCAGUAUUGCCUUUUUGCAAUAGCAUGCACGAUGACCGAUACCGAUUCUAGCGACACGCAGAUGGCAAUUUCGAGACCGUGACAACAAAUCAGCUUACUUAUGCAUGCAUACGCAUAGCACGAAGACGAACAUUUUAGGUUUUAGAUUUGUUUUUCAUUUUCAGUGCCCAGACAGUUUCUCGCCCACCUAGAGGCGAACACACAUGUUGUUUUUCAUUUGCCGUUUCUCUUUCUGGUUUCUCUGCUUCUCAGGUUGCCGCUAGACGGGGUCCGCAACCACAAAUUUCUGCAAGCGGUGAUGCGCGAUGAGCGGUUCUGCCAGGAGCGGUACGGAGGUGUGUCCGCCCAGAUGCCAACGCCCAAGAAGAAGAUGAAAAUGCUGGACGCGAACAUGAAGUCCGAGGACUACUUCAACGCGACCACGGGCAUAAACCCGUUCACGGGGCGGCCAAACAACACCAGCGGCUUCGGCAUCAGCAUACCCAUGCCCGGCCCGCAAGGCUUUGCCGUGCCCUAUCGCAAGGAAAAAUCCCCCCUCCCCAUAUUGACGAGGUAGGUUUUCGAAAAUUUGUGUUGCUGAUUUGGGACCACAAAUCGCGUCUGUCUUGCAAGACGGCAAUUCCACCGGAUCCGCCGCAAUAUGCAGGCUGUUUGUCAUGCUGUUGGGCAUACAGCGCGGACGUUUUUCAUGCUAAGCGCCUAGGUCAGAGCCUCUCUGCUCAGGCGUGAUGUGUGGGUCUGCAGUCCUCUCCAGCAAGACAAAUCAGAUCUGUGUACCCAAAUCCAGCAUCAGAAAUUUCGUUUCGAUAUGGGGAGGGGGCUUUUUUCCUUCUGAUAUGCCCACGUGCAUCGGCGCCAUCCCCCGGGAGGACGAGCCCGUGGAAGAGGCGGCGCAGCGUAUGGCGUUCUCAAAUUUAGUUACAUUCUCAACUGCUACAUGAAUUUGUAAUGCAAGAACGACAAAAGUGAAAGGGGGGAGAUUGCGCCUUCUGCAUUACAGAUUUGGCGCAGAUUUAGAUGCUUUUUAGCCCUUCGGAGAUUUGUCAUGCGAAGCAGCUUAAUCCUGACGAUCUUGCUGGUAAAUUUGCAUGGCAAAUCAUGUAACAGUUGAGAAUGUAACGCUUGAGAGUCCCAUACAGCGCUCCGCCGCCAUGCAACUGCACCAUCUGGGAGGCCAACAAAUAGUGGUGCCGCCACGCAUCCCCACCGGCAACCUUGGCCUCGCCGGGCAGCUGAAUGGGAACCUCCAGGGAAACAAUCCAAAUUUCCCCGGCGCGGUGCCGCUGCUAGGACCACCCGGCGGUAACCCAGCACCUCCGCCUUGACCACCGGGCGAAAAACUCUGUAAAUGUAGCUCCUGCAACGGUACUUCCUCUUCCCCGACCACACAUGAUGAUUUUGCUCAUUCGUGCAGAUGACGAUGAGAACCGAAAUCUACGGGGAAGAUGGCUCUCCCUCUCGUCCCUAGCUGCAUGAGCACAACAUAAGUAAUCGGUGGCGCAUCAUCGUUCACCACGUUGUUCACAUGCUUCUGCACGAACAGGAACGACCUCUAGCAGUCCUACACCUUGCUAGCAAGAUGAUGAUGAAGAUUGUAACUCACCGAUUCCACGCCGCGCCCGGAUCCCCAUGUUUCAUCUCCUCGACGCUUCCAUUUUUCGUGACACUGGGCGAUCGACAAGAAAACCGGUGUUCUUCGAAUUUCGCAAUCAUCAUGUGCGGGUGCACGAGGUUCUUCGGAGCAGGCGAUCUCACUUCAUAGCCACCCCGCAACAAGAAGUGGGCAUCGCUGCACCCACAUCGCAAGUCGGUUGCGUUUUUACCGCGGCCUGCAUGAUCGGAGGUGUCAGUACGAGGGACCCUAGCUGCUAGCAAGGGAAUGCGAGCGCACCACCUUGACUUUUAGUUUUGGUCUUGUGCCCGUCGGAACCUUCCGUCUGCAUGUUUUCGCAACGAAUCCCUCCAGCCAUGCGGAACAUGACGCACCCGCUCCGCGACGCCCCUAGCAUGGGUGGACACACAGCAUUUUCUGUGCGACGAUCGGAAGCGCAGAUGGAUCCGACAUGACACUUUCCGAUCGAAAGCUUUGGAACAGUGACAUAGAGAAUAUCGAUCUUCAUCGGUUUUUCUCGAAUUGGAUUUUCCUUUUCCAUACACACAUGUAUGAAUUGAAUUUUUUUCGUGAACCCGUGCCGAAAUCGAAUUUGGAAUGAGAAGAGAACA